AUGGCGAGCCUCGCAGCAAAGUGGAUUGGCGUGAAGGAUGGCGAGGAGGAAGCAGCAGAGGCAGAGAAGGGACUAUCCUCCCUCCUCCUCCUUGGCUCCACUCGCUCCGUUCGACCUUACUUGUCCUUCUUGAAGCUCAAGUGCGAGGUGAGAUUCGAGCGACUUGCCAAGAUUGCUCGGCUCUUGUUUCAGAUCCUCUAUCGCAAUGACGGAGACCUCUAUCACGAAGCAAACGUAGCCAUGGCUCUUUCAGAGGUUCUCAAGUACCUCAACAAACAUCCUGGCUGUCCACCUCCUGGCUCGCCUGAUCGACCAGUCUUUGAUUGGCGGCAGUUAUACAACAAGUUUACAGCGGCUUCUUUCAAGGGAUCCGAUUGGAUUGGGUACGCGCGGCAUGGAGGACAUCACCUGGAAGGUUCGGAGGCAAGCAAUCAAAGAAUGAAAUCCCUCUGCAAGCUAGUGAGGAGGGCGAGAAACUUCUUCUCGCAAACAGCUUCCCGGGAGAUCCUAAUCGAGAUUCGCCCAUACCUCCUUCUCCAUGACAUCAACUUCUACAUGGCCAGCAGCAUUCUUUGUAUCUUUUUUCCUGAUGAUGGCCUAGAAAGCGCAGGAGGCUCAGUGGCAGUUUUGCAAGAGUUCAGGGAGAUUUGGAAGCUUGUUCCAAAUUGCACGGAAUGGCAUUUGAUUUGGAUCACACUUUUCAAUCGAAUUUUCCGCCACAACGCGGACCAGAUGACUGAAGAGCUGAAUCCUCUGAUUGAGGACUUGUCUUACACAUUCCUCCAAUUGCUGAAUGUUCCAACUGCCAAAGACAAUGCCCAAAAUCCUGAUCAGCUCACAUGGCCAAGCAACUGUUCAUUCAUUGUUGAAGGGAAGAAGGACGAAGGAGGCUAUACAAAAUGCCUUGAUAUGUUCAUCAAGAUGAUUGCUUUGAAUUACUCAAAGAGACUCGGGAUGGAAUCGGGGAAGCACAAGGCCAAAAAGCCGUGGAAAUCCACCUACAUGCUGAGUGAGGAGGAUAACAAAUGGUUUGAGGGGCUCAUCCUCCCUCUCGCCCUCAAAUCGUUUUAUUCGAAAGACAUUUCUAUGUCAUUUGCAGCCUCGCAAGCGAUCAAGGAACUUGGUUCGAUUUCAAGAGACUGUCUUCCAGGAAUCAUGCAAAACAUUUUGAUGUCCAUAGAGAACGUGAUGAGGCCGCACGAAGUACAGAAUUCUCUAAGCCUUACAUCGGUUCUUUUGAAGCCAAUUCUUGAAUUGGAUGAAGGUUUCGAUUUUCUCGGGCAAGUGAUGCAGAUUGCGGUCAAUGGAAUCGAUGCAAAUGAUCCUACAAAAACUUUGUAUGCAUUGAGAUUCUUCACUGCGCUGUUCAUGGAGGUCCCUUUAUUAGAUCCAAAAGACAUCUCGCACAUAUCUGAGAAGCCGGAAUUCUUGUAUGUGCUGAACGAUUUAUGCACUGCAAUUUUACAAAGAUUUGAAGAGCUGUUUCGAAAUGUUCCGGACUUGAAGAAAGGAAAUCCUUUCAGAAGCCACAUGAAGGAUGUCUUGAGAAGAUUCUUUGUUUCUUUCUUUCACCAAAUGUCAGAUGCAUUGUAUUCCCAUUGCUUGAGCCUCAUUACCAGGCAGUUUUCAUCCAGCAUCUUCCCGACAGCAAAACAGAUUGUUGGUCACUUACUAUCAUCCUUGGUACAUGCAAAUGCGACAAAAUCGGUAAAUCACCUCAUCCCAGCAAUCUUGAAGAAGGUAAUUACAUCAGAUGGGGAACAGAUUCAGUCUCCUGCUUCUGAGGCGGCGUACUUCAUGCAUUUGUUAGGACACAUUGUGUCUAAUGCUGGAUCUGCAGUCCUGAUCCAUGUGGACCAAAUUACAGCUGUCUUAGAUGUGGCUCUCUUCCAUGAAAAAUCAGAAAUUCAAAGAGAAGCCCGAAAAUUGCUUCGAAAAUUGUUGAGAGGUUUGCUUGGAGUGCUUCCAAGAGAUUUUUCAGUUUUACCGCCAUCAAAACGAUCGAAUAUGCAGAAGCUGACUGCCCAAGACAUCAGGAAACCGACACCCUCUUUCCAGGACAUGGAGAUUGACUUCUUGACACCAAAUAGCGACUGUCAGAAGAAGUCUCGGGAGAUUCUUGAAAAGUAUUUUUUGCUGUCAGAAACGGCUUUCAAGUCAAAUGAUGCUGCAUCAAUUCGAGCAGCAUUUGGUUGUAUCGAUGCUAUGAUUCGAGGUGGAGCACAAAUUUUUCCUAUGCCUCGGGCAAAACCAGAAUUCCAGGCUCAAGAAAGUAGUCUUCAAGAAGGUGUAGAGUGCGAUGACGAAGAUGACACAGAUUACAAUCUUGCAUCGCGCUGGGGAUCCUUUGUUUUGGAUGAUCCUGAGUGGGGCAGAGGCUUUCGAGAGAAACUGGGAUUGUUGCUGAUUGAAAGCUGCAAAGUACAUGCCAAUGUUUCGAAUCCUGAUGUUCCAACUAUAAAGGCUCUCUUGAAGAUGGUAUCAUCUUACUUGGCAUCGAACGGGGUUUGGACUAAGUAUGAAACUUUGAAGAGUUCGGCGAGUUAUCACAAAGCUGUCAAUCGAUCUUGGUUCCAAGGCAAAGAAUCGGCAUACUCGAGGCCUCUUCUCGUAUGGCGAUCAUAUGCUUUGAUGGGAAAGCGAUUGGACAUGGGAGUCUUUGAAGCCAAUGGAGUUGUCUCGGAUCUUUUGAAGCAUUUGUCAUCGAUGUGUGUUCAUGACUUUUCAAUGGUGAGAAAAAAGGCUCAGAAAGUCUUGCCAAAAGUGAUUCGCCGCUUUCCAUACCUGCAUGUGCAAUGUCUGACACAGGUUCUUUCAACCCUGAGCGAUGCAAACUCGUCCAAGGGUGCCCUGAAGGGAGUCAUCUUCACAGUUCAGACUAAUCAAGCUAUGAAGAAGAUUGUAAGGAACUGGAGCUUGAGCAAAUUUCUCUUGAAUGGGUUAUUGGGGUCACAUCAAUAUGAUGAAAUCAAAAUUCAAGUGCGACUCUCUCAAUUGUGGAGUACCUAUGUCAAGCAUUGGUUCGCCUUGCCUUUUGGAGGCCUCAAACACUCUGAUAGCCUGAUGACCGAUGUUGACGUCACAAGCGCUUUCUCACAAGAAAUGGUAAAGAAAUUGUUUGAGUCUGGGAGAAAUUCCUCCACUUACCGUGCCAAGAAGAGCCAGGAAACUUAUGAAGGCCUAGUACAACUCAUGAAAUUUCAACUUGAUGGAUCAUCAGGUACGAGCUCAAGCUCGGUUCACUGGAGAUACGUGGUACUCGCAACUUCCAGUUUGAUUCUGCUUUCAAUGCGACAAGACUGCACGCCAGACCUCAAAGUUGUUGAAUAUGUUAUUCAUGGCCUCAACAGUGAUAUUUUACCACUUCGUCAACUCUGUCGUGCUGUUUUAUUCAACUUCAGCUUGAUUUAUUCAGUGAAUCGUGCGAAAGAUUGUAUGGAAACAGAAGGGAGCACUGCUGAUACAGGCAUUGAAGGCGCAGAUAAUCAACUGAACCCUCAGAACUUUGAGAUGCCAAUAGACCAAGAAUUCGAGGGACCCUUCUCUGAUGAGCCAUGGCAAGCGUCGGAGACAAAGAAGCAAGAGCUUUGGUCCAAUUCUGCAGUGAUGGAUCUGAUUGAUAGCUUGCUUUCACAGUCCGAUUGGUUCAAGAGCGUGGUUGAGAAGAUCAGCAAUGAUCACAGACUUAGCGGGGAUGAAAGGGCUCAAACUCAAUCCAGCAAUGCGCCUUCCAUGCCUGCAGCUUCAGUUGCAGUACGCAGCUUGGUGGCUUCCCGAUGGUUCUGGCCAAGAACAAGCGCUGCACCUCUAUCGAAAGAUUUCAACCUAGAUAACAUGUUUGCCAUUGAGUAUCUCAUGCUCACAGCUGGACCAGAUGCAUCCUUGAAUGCCCUUCCAGCUAUCGAGGAGCUGGCGGGAAAAGUUGAUGACCGCGAGAAUCAAUGUGCCGCUGCUGAAAUCUUGGCUGGUGUCAUACGAGCAAGCAAUCACUGGCAGAAUGUGCAAGGCACACAAAUCCGUCAAAAACUUGGCUCCAUCUUGAAGGAAACUCUGAGCCGAGCUGCCCCCGACACCGUUGGGGAUUGGUGCGAAAUGAUUCGCUUUUCGACAUCCAAUCGUGAUCCAAGGAGGUUCAACUGGCUCAGCAGAAUUGUAGGGUCACUGUGCGCUGCCAACAAUGAUUCCGCCUUGUAUCUGGUGAAGGGCCUCAAGCUUCAGCAGUGUCUCCUCAUGGAGUUUGGGUGGAAAGGACUUCCUGUUGCUCGGAUCUUGAAUGAGACGAGCCGUCGUCUGAUCGGAAACAGCUCCAAGUUAGUCCGCGAGGAGUGCGGACGAUCUCUCCUACAAAUCAGCCGCGGCUUUAGCGGCACCGGCGAAGUUCGCAUGACUGAUCAGACUAUCGUGUUGGGCAAAAUCAUUCCAGACUUUGAGCUGGUGGACUGGAUCACUGAGGAUAUGACCAGACUUUACAACCUCUACUUCAGCAAUCGCCCGACAGAGGGUUCACAGCAGCUCAUGGAGCUCAAGAAUCAGAUCGAAGGCGUCAUCUACUACUUCAUGCACUCGUGCCGAUUAGGAUACUCCACGUCGGUAAAGAAGUACCUAGUGCAGGCGAUCUCCUUGUUCUUGAUCAUACAGGAAGACUCGGACAGAGAGUUCGCCAAGGUUGGACAGAUUGCCUUGGAGCUGAUUGCCAGAACUUUGAGAGACAGGCAAACGGCGGCUGCUGUGCUUGGACGGGUGGAAGAGCUCCUGUCUAGCUCUCAGAGCUGGAGAGUUCGUGCGGGAACCGUUGACUUUAUCCGCGAGCUUGGUCACUCGCAUGUCUUGGAGGUAGACAUCAAGAACAAGGCCUUCGAGCUCCUUCAUCGUCUCAUCAGCGACCCGGUGGUUGAAGUCAGGAUCUCUGCGAGCCAAUCUCUUGCGUCGAUACUGCGAGCCUUCUCUGAAGAGAAGGUCACCUACCUCCUGUCCCUGGCGCCAAAGCCAAAGCGGAGAGGAGCCAAGAUGCAGAAGGAGAUGUCUGAGAGUGAGCGUAGCGCAGCUCUUGUGACUCGUCAUGCAAAGGUGCUCGGCGUCUCUUCUGCCAUCAUCUCGAGCCCAACUGACUUGCCAGCUUGGAUGCCUGACGCUGUUUGUACUCUCUGCCUGCUGCAUGAUGAGGACCCGAUCAUCCGCAACUCCAUCACUCGAACCCUCGCCGACUUCCGCAAGAGCCACGAAGACAUGUGGGAGACUAUCAGGAUGACGUGGAACGAAGAGCAGUUUCGCCUCGUCACCGAGAAUGCAGGGACCUUAUCCUACUACUCAUGA